AUGACGCAGGGAAGACAUGGAAAAUAACUCAUAGUUAUUUUUUUAACGCAAACUUAAAAUUUGAGUCUUUGUGGAGGUGUGAGCAUCACAGCCAGCAGCAUCAAACUGAAGGUGAAUCCAGUGAUGAUGAGCUGUCAUCACACGUUUCCCUGAGUAAUCAUUGUAUAACAGCAAAAAAUGCACAAAGCAUCAACAUCUCCCUCCUCCUCCUCCUCCUCCUCCUCCUCCUCCUCUUCGUCCUCCAAUAUCUCCUCCUCGCAGAUGGGGGGAGGAUCUAGAAACUUCCUUCACAGCUUUUAAAUUCAGAAGUUCAUUGUGGAUUUCAUUCCUAUAGUCAGGUCAGGUCACCGGGAGGAAGAUGACUACAUACACAGAUAAAGGUGAAAAGCAUGAGCAGGGCAGCUUCCUCUGUUUUGACCACUUGACAUUCUGGGUUGGAAAUGCAAAACAGGCUGCUUCGUAUUACUGUAACAAGCUGGGAUUUGAGCCUUUGGCCUACCAGGGUUUGGAGACGGGCAGUCGAGAUGUGGUGUCCCAUGUCGUCAGGCAAGGAAAGAUCAUUUAUGUUUUCUCAUCCGCCCUCAAUCCUGGAAACAAAGAGAUGGGAGAUCAUUUAGUCAAGCAUGGCGAUGGAGUGAAGGAUAUUGCAUUCACGGUGCAGGACUGUGACUUCAUUGUGCAGAAAGCCAGAGAGCGAGGUGCAGUCAUCGUGAAGGAGCCCUACACGCUGGAGGACAAGUGCGGUAAAGUCAGACUGGCUGUGCUUCAAACGUAUGGCGACACCACGCACACACUUGUGGAGAGGACAGGAUACACUGGGUUGUUUCUGCCAGGCUUCCAGCCUCCUCUGUUCAAGGACCCUCUACUAGGCAAACUACCGAGUGGAAAGCUGAACUUCAUCGAUCACGUUGUGGGAAACCAACCGGAUGAUGAGAUGGUUCCAGUGGUGGACUGGUAUCAAAGAAACCUUCUCUUUCACCGCUUCUGGUCAGUGGAUGACAAGCAGCUUCAGACAGAGUUCAGCGCCCUGCGCUCCAUCGUCGUGGCCAACUACGAGGAGACCGUGAAGAUGCCCAUCAACGAGCCCGCCAUGGGCAAGAGAAAGUCUCAGAUCCAGGAGUAUGUGGAGUACUAUGGAGGACCAGGAGUGCAGCAUAUAGCAAUGAACACAUCAGACAUCAUCAGUGCAAUUCGUAACCUAAAGGAGCGUGGGAUGGAGUUCAUGUCAGUGCCUGACACCUACUACAACCAGCUGAGGGAGAACCUGAAACACUCAAAGGUCAAAAUCUCAGAAGACCUGGACGUUCUGCAGGAGCUGAAGAUCUUGGUGGACUACGACGACAACGGCUAUUUACUUCAGAUCUUCACCAAGCCGGUUCAGGAUCGCCCUACCGUGUUCUUGGAGGUCAUUCAGAGACAUAACCACCAGGGCUUUGGCGCAGGAAACUUCAAGUCUCUUUUCGAAGCCAUCGAAGCAGACCAGCAUGCGAGAGGAAAUCUGACCAUCCUGACACCGAACGGAGUUUCAAAGAACAUGUGAUACCAGCGUCACCGUCGCUUUACAUCUCCAGAAAGUCUCAGUAACUAUCAAUGUACUAUGAAAAGACACUGUCUGACAUGUGCGAUACAACAUAAGAAUUCACAAAGCAUGAUUAUUAAAGCUUUAAUUUUUUUUUGUGCAUGUUUUAGUACAACAUACCAUUUAAGUACUUCAUUAUAAUCUCUCCUGAUGUUCGUGAAAGAUUAUCGUAUGAGUUUGUAUGAGUUCUCAAGAGGAGUGCUUCGUUUUUUGUUUUGUUUUUUUACACAAAGUUAACAAGAAAAACCGACAUUAUCGACACAAGCUUGACUCAAGCAAAACUCCAUUUAAGCUCUCGUAAAUGAAAACAUUUAACUGUACACGUUUGUUAUCGUUUCAACAAGACAUUUCAUCAUCGCGGGGGGCUUUUGCAUGAUGUUUGGAGAGCCCCUUGUGUUUGCCAUUCACUCAUAAACUGUGACGUCACGUUGCCUUUAUAAUGUUUUAACCAGUGCUUGCACGUCAUUCCAGACCUCCGUUGAUAAAGGUUCAAGUGCUUGGUUGAUUGUAUUAAAUCAUGAUUCACUGAGCGUUUCCAGUCCUUACAGAUCUUGAUUGUACAGUUCUGAAUAGCAUUAAAACUUUUUGACUUCUU